AUAGUUCCAUAUAUCAAUACAUGUGUGCAAAACAGCAACAAUGAGAGAAAUUCCUCACUUCUCAAUAUGUAUAAUAAUUACCGUAAUGUUUGUGUCAAAAGUUACUACAUUUGGAAGAUGUGAGAUUUCAAUAAUAACCAUGCGUUUUGUCGAGAGUUGCCCAGAGGAUGAGGAGUCAUGGGCAAAGGCAGCAGAAAUAUUAGAUUGUUCGUCUGUUACUCAAUCUUGUGCAGAAUCAAUGGGGUCCUCCUUUAAUAUUCAGAAUUACAUUUUUCAAUACCAUUGUGUUAUAAACGCUUGGCGAAAUGCAACGAUGGAAGUGUGCGCAUUAAAUAGAACAAUAUUAGGUUUUUGUGCUGAGUUUAAUAUUCAAGGAGCGGUCAUACAAGACAACUACGACGCAGUCUGUACACAACAUACACCUCCUUGUCCAUCGAGUUAUAACUCAGCCGAAGCCUAUAAAUAUCCGUCAUGCUAUGAGAUGGCAAAAAGAAACAGAAUAACACAUAUGAAAACAAUGGAGGAAGAAUUCCAUGCUUCAUCAAGUUCGAGGAACAUCCUCAGCUCAUUUCUCCUCACGCUCUACUUAAUAUUUAAAAAUACAGUGUCUAUAGUAGUUCUUGAAUAACAGGAACAAAAAUUAGUUUACCUUUAAAAGUCAUGUUCAACAUUUCUGCAUCAAACUCGGAGAAGAUCAAUGAACUUCAUAGAAAGACGCUGUUUAUGAAACAUUAUCUCCAUCCCAAAUUUAAUGGACAUUGUUUAUAUUUCAAUGAUCAUAAUUUUAUUAUGUGUGGUGAGAAAAUGCAUGUCGGUGUAAAGUUCGGUGUUUGUUAAUUUUCAUAAAAUGGGUUUAAGCAUUUUGUCUAAAAUUAAAUGGGCAUUGAUUAUA